CUAUCUUCUCAAUUUUACUCAUCACGAAGCAAAAAUAAGAUAUGAAUUAUCAUGCUGCUGGCUCUUCUUAUAUAUUUUCUUCUUCAAGCUCAUCAUCAGAUGAGCUUGAAGAAAUACUCAAUGAAUGUGAUGUUGAACAUCAAUUGAUGUCUCAACAUAUUUUGUCAAAUAAUUUCAUUGUAGCAAGCCUUAUUGAAAAUCAAAGUGCUACAACAAUCCACAGAGGCUCAGUUCCUGGUCGCAGGAUGAUCCAUCGUGAUCGAGAAGUGGCUGCCCAACGUCUGUUCAACGAUUAUUUUUCUGAAAAUCCAACAUUUAAUGAAGGAAUGUUUCGUAGACGUUUUCGAAUGUCUCGAAAUUUAUUCCUUCGUAUUGUUGAUGCUGUAAAAAAUCACAAUAGUUACUUUCGGCAAGGAAGGGAUUGCACUGGUAGAUUGGGCUUGUCCACACUGCAAAAAAUAACCGCUGCAUUUCGGAUAUUAGCAUACGGGGUACCUGCAGAUGCCACCGAUGAGUACAUCAACAUUGGUGAGUCUACUGCAAUUAAAUGUGUCAAGAAAUUUUGUCGUGCAAUUGUGGAAAUAUUUUCAAGUCAAUAUCUUAGAUCUCCUACUUCUAGUGAUGUUGCUAGACUAUUAUAUAUUGGUCAACAACGUGGUUUUCCAGGAAUGUUAGGUAGUCUAGAUUGUAUGCACUGGAAGUGGAAAAAUUGUCCAACUGCUUGGGCAGGCUCAUAUGCAGGUCGUAGUGGAUCUCCCACGAUUAUUCUUGAAAUUGUUGCUGAUUAUGAUCUUUGGAUAUGGCAUUCAUACUUUGGUAUGCCAGGGUCCAAUAAUGAUAUUAAUGUCUUGGAAAGAUCGCAUCUUUUCAGUGAUCUUGCUAGAGGUAUCACUCCACCUGCAAAUUAUGUAAUACAGGGAAAAGAGUAUAGUGUGGGUUAUUAUUUAGCUGACGGAAUAUAUCCGAAAUGGUCCACACUUGUGCAAACUAUACAUGAACCACGUACUGCAAAGAAAAAACAUUUUGCUACGAGACAAGAGUCGUGUAGAAAAGAUGUGGAACGUGCAUUUGGAGUUCUUCAAAGUCGAUUUGCAAUUGUUGCAAAUCCGGCCCGUUUUUGGCAAAAGAAACAUUUAGAGCUUAUCAUGAAAUCCUGCAUUAUCAUGCACAAUAUGAUAAUUGAGGAUGAAAGAGACUUGUCUGCACCAAUUCAAGAGAUGAGAGAAGUCCCAACUCCAGAUGUCGAAACGGUGCCAAAUGAAGCACGUCAGUUUCAAAAAUUUCUUGCACGCUAUCGAAGCAUCAAAGAUAAAUCAGCUCAUCUUGCACUUCGUGAUGCAUUGGUCGAUCAUUUGUGGAAAUUAGUGUGCUAUUGUCAUACGAACCAAGGAGAUUUCGAGCCCAAAGUCGAAAUCCCACGAGAAGAGCCAUCCACAUCUUCCAGGAGGGCUGAAGUUCGUGAUGAAGCAGGGAGCCUCCAACGAACCAGAAGACGGCGCAGACUACAAGAAACUCCUGUAGGAAAAAUCAUACUCGAGCCAAUCCAUCCAUAUGGGUUAGUCCUCAACAUUGACGAAGCAAGCUUCAAAAGUUGGGAAUCACUCAUUGAUGAAUGGGCAUCGGCAAUGAAGAUCGUAAUUGCCACCGUGGAGUAUGAUAAAAAUGAAUUUAUCAAAAUUUUCGAGGCAAGUUUUGCUGGAAUGGCAAAACAGUUUUGGGACAACAUCAAAACAAACGAGAAGAACGAUCUGUUCGCCAAGGUUUCUCCGUGGGACAUUCUGGAGAAGGCAACGGAGUAUCUCAAAGUCCACUUUCUUGGAAUGUGA